AUGCUCAUAUUCACCAGUGUUACUUGGCUGGACCUAUGUCUGGCUAGCGCCGCAGUCUAUCUGGUCAAGCAGUUAUCCGGCAAGAAGAACCCCGCACCAUAUCCCCCUGGACCUCCGGGGUGGCCUCUCGUUGGGAACAUCGCAGACAUACCUCACAACAAGGCCUGGCUCACCUUGGCAAAGUGGGGCAAAAAAUAUGGUGACAUCUUGCAUGUCAAAGUUCCGGGUCGGCACAUCAUUGUACUGAAUUCUGUCAAGGCAGCGAUGGAAUUGCUAGACAAAAAAAGCUCUAUCUACUCUGACCGUCCAGUUUUUGCAAUGGGUGGUGAACUUGUUGGCUGGAAGGACGGUUUGGCUUUUCUCUCUUAUGGUGACCGUUUUCGCUAUUACCGCAAGAACAUCCACCGCGUCAUUGGCAGUCGCACUGCUGUGAAUGUCUACGAACCAAGUGAGGAGAUCGAGGUUCGCCGAUUUCUGAAGCGCGUGUUUGCACAACCUGAGCAACUGGACGCACAUAUCCGACACACUGCUGGCGCUAUCAUUCUGCGAAUCUCUUAUGGAUAUGAAGUGAAGGAUAACAAUGAUCCUUUCGUCGAUCUUGUAGGCCGUGCAAUGCACCAAUUCUCGCAGGCUAACGAUCCUAGUGCCUUUAUGGUUAACAUCAUGCCAUGGUUGGCCAAUGUUCCCGAGUGGUUUCCUGGUGCUGGAUUCAAGUCCCUGGCCCGUGAAUGGCGCCAGACCCUCAAAGAGACUGUUGAUGCACCAUACAAAUUCGCCAAGGAUCAGAUAGGUGCCGGAAUUGCCCCAAUGUCUUACAUCUCGAAUCUGUUGAAAGGUCGUACUUUGUCUGCGGAGGAGGAUCACAUGGUGAAAUGGUCUGCUCUAUCCCUAUACGCCGGUGGUGCCGACACGACAGUUUCUACAAUUUAUUCGAUUUUCCUGGCGAUGACACUGUACCCUGAUGUGCAGAAGAAGGCUCAGGCUGAAAUAGAUGCUGUUGUUGGCACUGAUCGUCUUCCCUCCUUCGCAGACCGCGACUCCCUCCCCUACAUUGAGGCCCUUGUGAAGGAAUCACUGCGCUGGAAUGUUGUCGCCCCUACAGGUAUCGUCCACUGCGUCUCUGAGGACGAUAUCUAUGAUGGGUACUACAUUCCGAAAGGAUCUAUGAUCAUGCCUAACAUCUGGUCCAUGCUCAAUGACCCGCAGACAUAUGCUAAUCCCUCCCAAUUCAACCCUGAACGUUUCUUAGAUAAUGAUGGAAGGGGUCCCGAGCGCGAGCCUCGUACGAUUAGCUUUGGCUUUGGUAGACGGAUCUGCCCAGGUAUGUCCACUCACAGAAGUAUCCACCUUGCUGACGCUUCCAUCUGGAUAUCUGCUGUGAUGUCGCUCGCCGUGUUCGAUAUUUCCAAGAUCGUCGAGAACGGCGUUGAGCAAACCCCCGAGGUUGACUUCUCAUCAGGCUUGGUCAGACGUACUCUCAGUCACCCCGAACCCUUCAAGUGCUCUAUCAAGCCUCGCUCUGCGAAAGCUAUUGAGCUCAUUCAGCAGGAUGUUAACUAUUAA